GUUAAGAGGAAGAAAGGGAGAGAGAGAGACUGAGAGAGGAAGAGAGGGAGAGCAGAGGGAGAACUCUCAUUGCAGCAACAGCAGGAACAGUCUUCUUCCUCUGAAGAUGCUGAACUCCCAGUGGAGAAGUCUUUGGGCCAUCAUGGGACUUCUGCUCAUCCAUUCAGUGGCAGGAGUGCAUAGCCUCUGUUGGGACAACAGUUGGUGUUGGGACAUGGACACGGAAGUGAAGAUGAUGGAGUGCCUCAGGGCUUGCAGAAUGGGCGUCUCAAAUGAGUCUCCAGUAUAUCCAGGAAAUGGUCACAUGCAGCCUCUCUCUGAAAAUAUUCAGAAGUACAUCCACUGGAACAAAUUUGGGAAGAAUAUCAGCAAUGGCGGCAACUUAGGCAAUAAAAGAAAGGACCUUUCCAGUGACUCCGGUGCAGAUCUCUUCUCGACCUCUUCAGAAACCCAAGACAGCUGGGAAGGAGGAAGCCACCAAGAGUCCCGAGAAAAGCAAGAAGGCAAGAGGUCCUAUGCAAUGGAGCACUUCCGAUGGGGGAAGCCAGUGGGCAGGAAAAGGCGACCCAUCAAAGUCAAUCCGAAUGGGGUGGAAGAGGAAUCGUCGGAGAGUUAUCCUCAGGAAUUCAGAAGAGACCUUUCCUGGGAGAUGGAAUACCCCGAACUUGACUCACCAGAGGAAAAGCAGAGCAGUGAAACCACUAAGGUGGACAAAGAAAAGCAGCUGAGAAAAAUAAAAAAUAAUAAUGCUGCCUACAAGAUGCACCAUUUUCGGUGGAACACCCCAGCCCUGUCCAAGAAGAAGCGCUAUGGCGGCUUCAUGACCUCAGAGCACAGUCACACUCCUCUAGUGACUCUUUUUAAGAAUGCCAUCAUCAAAACUGCUUAUAAGAAAGGCCAGUAAGGGUGAGGGAGAUCAAGACCAACAGCACCCUUGCAGGGUAGCAAUGGGGAAAAGGGUCUGGGCGCCUCACAUAUGAAUUUCUCUGACAUAUCUCAUGAUAAUAUUAUUAAUGAAUAUCAUUUAUUUUCAUUGUUCUUACUUAUUAAUAUUAAAUAAGAAACUCACUGCUUAGGAGACACUUUCACGUUUGCCUUCUGGUUUUGAAUAUACCAAUAAUUGGUGGGAGGCGUGGGUGACAGAUGUUUAAGGUGACAUCUGCCAUGGUGUGUAAGUAAGCAGGAAGAAGAGCUAAAGGAGUAGUUAUCUUUCAGAGGGACAGAUUAUUUUUAUAUUUUAAACCAGCUGUACAAUACUGUAAAUGAAAGGAUUAAAGUUAUAAAAUAC